UGCCUCGUCCAUUUCGCCUUUGAAUCGUCUCCGCCAAAGCGGGCGUCACCCCCGGCAGCAUCACGGCGCAGACUUCCCUUUUCUAUGCCUGACGCCGUUCAUGACAGGCCACCUCACUGCUAGCACUCGUGCGAAGAAAUAAGAAUCAUUAUGCACAAUUGCUGUAGCUCUGCUCUUGCGGAGCGUGCGGUAUUCCGUACACAUGGACAAAUACCGAGCACGCGGCGGCAUUCGCCAAAUCUCGUCAUCUCAAGCUGUGGAUGCGUGCAUAUACCGGUUGGUGCUGACGGCAGAUCUGCUCGGUACUAUAUAUCUUGGUGCGAACAGUGUACAAGUACAUAUCUAUGUAUAGCAGAGCUGUCAUGCUACUGGUUACCCAGGCAGUUGAAUCUGGGUCUAUCUGAAUUCAUCAGCUCGUACGUCCACUCGCCGUUCCAUUCUUUCGUCCUCACCCCCCCGGAGCCUGUAUCUGACUGGCAGCACAUAUAGUAUAGACAGGCCAGGGUAUCGAUUGGCAGGCCCCCCCCUAUGGAAAGAAUCGCGGCCUAUACUUGCAAAACCCAAGCGCUCGGUCCACGGGAGAGGAAUCCGAUAUCAAGG